AUGUCGUCGAGCGAGGCGGAAAGGAAGGAAGUGGGCGAGGGCGGGGCCAAGUCUGCGAGGAAAGGAAAAGGGACGGUCGAAGAGGAGCUCGAGCUGUUGGGAACUCUGUGUAUAUCGUCGCCUCGAAAGGAAGAAGCGAUGAACCGCGAUCUAACGACCACGCUGAGGAGCGAGGUGGCAGCCCUCGAGUACAAACGCGACAGGCUUACGUCGGAGGUCCAGGAGUUGAGGGGUACGGUGAGAUCGCGGGACGAACGGGUGGUGGAAUUAGAGGUAGAGGUUGACCAGCUCCGCGAACAAGCCGCCAGACAGAAUGCCGUCGUUUCGAGUUUACGGAAACGCAUACAGGAAUUGGAGGAACGCGAGCGACAUUUGUACGGGUGCCAAGGAAGGUACGAGGCGACGAUGAAGGGACUGGAACGGGACUCCAAGUAUCGGGAAGAGAAGAUUCGCGAGUACGAGAAGAAAGUGGAGGAACUGGAGGAGAGGGUGUCGGAGGAGGUCGAAUCGAAGGAACGGGCUCGUUCGGGUUUUCAGGAGUUUGCGCGAAAACUGUGGAACGCGUUGAGCAUCGAGUGUCGCGAAACCGUAUCGUCGUCCAACCCCGAGAUCGCGGUACGCAAAGUGGAGGAGCUGGCCGAGGAAGCGAGUCGGCUUCGCGCUGUCGAGGUCGAUCUUCGAAGUUGCCGGGACGCUUUGGACCGUAGCGGGACGGAGAAGGAGCAGCUGCAGCGACAAGUGUCCUCGCAAUUAAUCGACCUGGAUCGUCUGAGGCAGGACAAGGAAUGCCUCGAGAUGCGGUACAGGAUCGCGGAGAGGGAGCUGAAGGAGGUGAGGGAUAAGCUGGCGAAUGCGAACAGGAGUGUAAGCAGCGCGAGCGGAAAGAUAUCGAGCCAAGAAGCGUCGAUCGGACAGCUGCGAGAGGAUCUGAAGCACCGGGAAGAGAAGGCACAGCGCGUCCAAACCGAGCUGCGACAUCUUUUGGAAUCGUUGGCCAUACUGAUCAGCGGACCGAACAGAUUCGUCGAGUCUGAGGAGAACGCGAUCAAGGAUCGCAUCAGGGAGAUCCUAGCGGAGAAGAAAGAUCAGGCGCUCAGCAUCGAAAACCUUCGGGAGAGGGUAAGCACGGCGACGGAAUCGACGACUCGACAGGGCGAGCUGAUCGAGAGCACGGUGGCGAAAAUGCGAAAUCUCGAGGAGGAACGGUCGAGUCUGGAGGGCAAGGUUCGCAAGUUGGAGUCCGAGUUGAACGGUUGCGAGCUGUCCAAGGAAUGUUUGCGCAGAGAGAAGCAAACGUUCGUUACGUUUUUGGAGCGGCUAGGAAAAGCGAUGCAGAUGGACGAGAUCUCCGAGGAAAUGGGCGUCGAUCUGCAGACGGAAUCGCUGCUGGUGCGAGCGGAACAAUUGGCCAGAUUCGAAACGGAGAAACUGGUGGACAAGCGGGAACAAUUGCAGCGGAGAGAUCUUCAUCUGGACCUGCUACGUAGGAAGCUGUCGCUUCAAGAGGACAGCGUGAGAAUGAAAUCGUUGCUCCAAAGCGAAAGGGACGAGGCGAACCUUCGGGCGAGGAAGCUGUCGAAGCAAACGGACCGGCUGCAGGUUCAAUUGUCGGAGGAGAAGUCGAGGAAUCGCGAGCUUGGCGCGCAAUUGACGGAAGCCGCGGAUUACAAGAUAGCCGCGUUGGAGCGCAGCCGGAAGAUAGAAGAGCUUCAGAAACGACUGGUCGAGAGCGAGAUGUUGAGGACUCGGUGCAACAGGAAGUUGACCGUGUUGAAGGAACAGAUGAGAGCGACGAGCGAGACCGCCGAACAGGAGAGAUCCAUCAACGAUCAUUCUGUGCAACUCCUCCGGGACGAGCUCAAGCAGCUCAAGCAGAAUCUUUCCCAAGUUAUCAAAAGGGAAUCCCAACUGCAGAGCUUCCGUCUCUCCGUGGUGAAGUUACUGUCGGAGCCAAUCUGCUCACCCGAUUACGAGAUCAUUUCGCGGCUGCAGAAAAUGGUCGCUGCUCACCGUGACUUCACCAUGCUCUCUCGUAGAUACGACGAACCGUUGGAGACUAGUCCAGCCAGGUGUGCCAGCGUACAUCCGAUGCAUGGGGAUGCCAGAUCGCCAGGAUCGCGAUACACUCGUUACGAGGACAGCGGAUUCGCGGAUCCACCGGAUCUUCGCGACGUCGAAGACGAAUUCGCCAAACGGCCCGUGCGAAGCAGCCUUCUUCCGUGA